ACAAUAUCAUUCCUCUCCCAUUCUUCCACUCGUCUCGUCUCCAGAUCGAUCUUACAUACCCCUAUAUUUCUGAUCGUUCUUUCAACCGAUCGAAUAUAAACAUCAUGGCUCAGAACAUUGAACCCAGGAAGAACUCGCACAUCGAGGAGGCGGCGACUCCCAUGAACACGCCUCUCAAUGCUGCACCCAUCUCUGGUCGUGACGGUCUGCCGCAGCCCACUGUCGCUACCAUCGGCGAAGACGAGGAGGAUGAGGCCCAGGGCGGAAACCCUGCUAGCGUCUUGGCCAGGAACCCUGCUUUGCUGAACAUGAUGCAAGACCGACUCGGAUCUCUCGUCGGCAAGCCUUCGGGAUACCUGAAGUCGCUGCCUCCUGCCGUCAAGAGGCGAGUCGAGGGAUUGAAGGGGAUUCAGACCGAGCACUCUAAGAUCGAGAGCGAAUUCCAGAGGGAGAUCCUCGAGAUCGAGAAGAAGUACGCCGCACGAUACGCACCUCUCUACACUCGACGAAAGGAGAUCAUUGCCGGAAAGACCGAGCCUACCGAGGACGAGGUCACUGCCGGUGAGGCCGUCAGCGACGUGUCCGACUCGGAGGAUGAGGACGACGAGGCCCGUGUCGAAGAGGUCGACGAGUCCGGUGACAAGGCCGACAUCAAGGGUAUUCCCGAGUUCUGGUUGACUGCCCUCAAGAAUCACCAGGUCAUCGGCGAGAUGAUCACCGAGAAGGACGAGGAGGCCAUCCGUCACCUUGUCGACAUUCGUCUCGAGUACUUGGACGUUCAGCACCCUGGCUUCAAGCUCUUGUUCGAGUUCGAGUCGAACGAGUUCUUCGAGGACUCUGUCUUGGAGAAGACCUACUACUACCAGGAGGAGGUCGGUUACGGUGGCGACUUUGUGUACGACAAGGCCGUCGGUCACGAGAUCAAGUGGAAGGAGGACAAGGACCUCACCAAGAAGAUUGAGAUCAAGAAGCAGCGAAACAAGAACACCAACCGGACCCGUGUGAUCAAGAAGGUCGUUCCCGUAGACUCGUUCUUCAACUUCUUCAAGCCUCCUCAGCCACCCUCGAUGGAGGCCAUGGAGGAGGGCAAUGUCGACGAGGACGAGCUCGAGGACCUCGACGAGAAGCUCGAGAUUGACUACCAGCUCGGAGAGGACUUGAAGGAGAGGAUCAUCCCAAGAGCCAUCGACUACUUUACCGGCAAGGCCCUCGAGUACGAUGACAACAUGGAAGAGCUCGACGAUGACGAGUUUGACGAUGAGGACUUUGAUGACGACGAGGACGACGAGCAGGAGCUCCGUCAGGCUCAUGCCGGUGGGCAGCAGGAUGCCCAGGAGUGCAAGCAGCAGUAGAUUGUGUAGGAGCGGGAUGGCUGCCAGUGAUUUCGUGACGGAAACGAAAGGGACUCUUCCCUCGUCGGACCCAUACAAAUAUUAUUAUAUCGUCUGUUUUUCUUCUUCAAUAACGGUUUGUUCGUUGCUUUAUGAAAUCUGCCUGUCCCCCGAAA